AUGCGAGUGUCGUCAUCUGAGGGACUCCAUGCCCACUAUUCGACCACACGCGCACCAUCGUAUACGUCAGCACCACAACACUCGCUUUCAACACAAGUUUUUGAUGCUCCAAUACAGUCGUUGCAAUACGAGCAAGGUUGGAAUGCGAGAAGGGCUCAAGCAAGGAUCCAACUCAAGCAGACAGUGGCGAGUACAAUAGCUCAGCGAGAGCCUCCAGGUCACAGUACAUACGCCAUAACUCUAUCGACACUACCGAGAAUGUCUCCAUCACCUCUGGCCCAAUCUCGAGCGGUUCACGAUCGGACUGAUUCAGGUGAACGAUAUCUACCCAGAAAUAAUCACCCCACGAGCAAUCCUCCUCAGUUACUCGAACGGCCUUCUAGUGUUGGUGGCACGACCGGACAGGCUGAUCGUUACAGUCUUGACACUAGGUCCUCCAGGCAUUUGAGGACAGAUUCGAGCUCAUAUCACUCUGGGCGCGAUUCUGCUAUUCGACGGCCCAGAUCAGGCUGUUCCGAUCAGUCGUACACCUUGCAGGCUAUACCUCCCAUGCGAACGAUGUUACCAUCACCAUACCAGCAUCACUACCCAAAUGUCGCUUUCCAUCAACAUCAAUAUGACAUUGCUGUAGGCCAGUCAGCUCGAUCGAUGAACUCAAAAACUGUUCCAGCCUCACGCACAUCAUCUCUGCCCAUAUACAACAUGAUGGUUGAUACACAUUCACCUCGCUCCUCGCCAAGGCCAAAGCCGCAAAGAUACUACAGUCAGGUCGAGAGAGCACACAUCGAAUCUCUCGCUGCCCUUACAGCAUCGUCUCAUGAGCACACAUCAAACCAUCGCAGAUCUCCCCCCGUAGUCACAUUCACGCACGAGUCAUGGUUGAAUGCAAAUCCGCACUAUGAAUAUGUUAAGCACCCCAUCUCCAACCAACAGCAUUCUCGCUCGCGGUCCAGUGCUACAAUUCCUCAUCGCGUUCGUUCCCCGCCGCAGAAAGACAGAGCAAUGAGUGUCGACAUGGCUACGUACACGCAGAGUCUUGAGAAACGGGCCAUGCCUAGCCGAGAGAAUCUCACGAUGUGGAAAUUGGAGCGGGAAACAGCGAAGCUGGGAUUUGCGGAUAAGCACAGAGCUCUGGUCAAAGAGAGAGUGAGGAGGGCUAAUGAACUCGAGAGUGAGAAAGAGAAAGAGCUGAUGAUGAUUCGGGAAAUGUCCGCCGACGAGGAUGAGAAGGGAAGCGAGAAAGAAGGGGGGUGUUUGAGUGGCUUGUUCAGAAGGUUUCGCUUGGGAAAAAAGUGAGCGAUAUGGCGGAAUAUGGGUCUUUCGGAUUGCGAGGAACGUACUAUACCCCCUUUUUGGGCUCCUUGGGUUUCGGGUUGUUUAUGAACGAGCGGUAUUGCAGGUAAUGGUAAUACGAAAAUUUGGAGAGCGUUUCGGUAUAUAGCUCGAGAUUUGGUCGCCGGAAUGUCGGAUGAACGUAG